UGCAGACACCACAUCACGUGCUACGGAGGAGGCUGGGUGAUGAGGGGACAUGGAAUCAAGGCCUGAGUGCUUAUGCAUAACUUAUUGUGUUCGAGUCUUCUGGCUCUCGUGAGUGCUGGGCUUUCUGAAUUCCGGACUCAGUAGUAUACAGCUGCAUAUCAAUGAGGAGUGUUCGAUCUUCGCACCGCGAGUUCGAGUUCACUGGCAGAUUCGCUAGUCAAGACAGCUAGCCACAGCCAUACAAUGAUGCCAUCUCUCAUAUCCGAUGUUUCAGGUUGUAGUUGCCAGAAUGGAUAGUGCGAGUCUGAUAUGGAGGCCUAUGUGCGCUCCUCAAGACCCCUGGCCGUCGGUCUUGCCACAGGCCAUAUUGUGGAUCAGCCUUCUUAAUUUGGUGGCAGGCCAAUCUUUUGGUCUGGCAUGCUAUCUUUGGCUCGCCAGGAUAACGUUGACACCAUUCCCGUCUGGCAUGCGAUAUUCAAACCUGUCUGGUUGGUCUCUAAAUCUUCUGCGGUCAGAACCACAGCAUUCUACCGGACCGGUUUUCGCACCCAUGUUUGCUGUGAAGUUCCGUUUGCCUACUGGCCAGGCAUAGGCGAGCGUUUAGCUAAUAACGCAAGAAGCCUGAUGUCCCCAAUCUCUGUUAAGAGUUAGACGACGGCCCAUUCCACUGUAUUGCAACCGCUACCACGUAUCGGCGGAGGCAUGAUCACAAUUGCGCGCCUGUCUUAAGUCCAAGGAGCCAGGUUGAACGGGUGGCCAAAUUACCGUGAUCAUCCAAAAAGCCUCAGAUCAUGCCCCGUUACUUACG